AUGCUGUGGGGGGCUCGCCUCAGAAUCUGGGUCUAUGCCUUGUGUACUAUGUGCAGUGUGGGCAGCAUCAGAGCCUAUCCCAACACCUCCCCGCUGCUUGGCUCCAGCUGGGGUGGCCUGACCCACCUGUACACGGCCACUGCCAGGAACAGCUACCACCUGCAGAUCCACAAGGAUGGCCAUGUGGACGGUACACCCCAUCAGACCAUCUACAGUGCCCUGAUGAUCAGAUCAGAGGAUGCUGGCUUUGUGGUGAUAACAGGGGUGAUGAGCAGGAGAUACCUCUGUAUGGAUUUCAGAGGCAACAUUUUUGGAUCGCAUUACUUCAACCCGGAGAACUGCAGGUUCAGACACGGGACCCUGGAAAAUGGGUAUGACGUCUAUUACUCUCCUCAGCAUCACUUCCUGAUCAGUCUGGGACGCGCAAAGAGAGUCUUCCUGCCAGGCAUGAACCCACCACCUUACUCCCAGUUCCUGUCCCGAAGGAAUGAGAUCCCCCUGAUUCACUUCAAUACCCCUAAGCCACGGCGGCACACCCGCAGUGCUGAGGAAGACCCUGAACACGAUCCGCUAAACGUGCUGAAGCCCCGGCCCCGGAUGACACCGGCUCCGGCUUCCUGCUCGCAGGAGCUCCCGAGUGCGGAAGACAACAGCGUGGUGGCCAGUGACCCUUUAGGAGUGGUUAGAGGCAAUAGGAUCAACACACACGCUGGUGGGAUGGGCAUGGAAAGGUGCCGCCCCUUCCCCAAGUUCAUCUAG